UGUGUGUGUGUGUGUGUGUGUGUGUGUGUGUGAGAGAGAGAGAGACGUCAACCUCUUAGAGCACAGAGACAAGCGCUCUUCAAAUGUGCCUUCACAUAUUUGUUUGAGGAUUUAGGAGAUGAGGAGGUGAACGAUUUGCAUAAUUGUUAACUAUGGAAAGAUCAGCUCAACGGGAGCAUUAGUGCCAGGCAGACACACGGCAAACUUCUGAAAUGCGCAAACAUCUCCGCCCAGCUUGCGUAUGUUGCGUAUGCCUUCACACAUUGUUGAAAAUUAAAUCAUAUGCUGGAUGCUUUAAUGUUUCCAUGUAAUUUUUAGUUAACGAUCGGUUCAUAACCACGUUGGCCAUGUAAUUGCGGACAAAAGGGGACAUUUCAUAGUGGUUGGUGGAAACCGGGAUUUUUUAUCGUCCCCUCAGGCUUUGUUCGGGACUCGGGUCACGUCACGCAACUCAAAAUCGGGACUGUACCGGUAGAGUGUAUGUCUGGACACCCUAAACGAAUGUGACCUAAGUCCACACAAGUGAAAAAGAAAGUGAAUUCCCCAUCAUAAUGUCAACACGCGAAAGUGUGGGUGGCUACUUCUCUCCGCCAGCGUUCAUUGAUCAGAAACUAACGUGGGAGGUCUUUUCUAAAUCUGUUUUCCUUCCAAAAGAGGGAGGCAAACAUCACGGGACUCUGGACCCUGUAGUCGAAGUAUAUUGCCUCAGUUGUUAACAGAUCCUUUCAGUUUUACUAUUAGUCUUCUGGAUAUUCUGGUACCAAUGGCAACUCUUUUCCUUGUGGUGUUGUAUUUCCUAUCAUUUCAAGGUCUCCGCAGCGCGUUCGGGGACCAGCACAGAAAGCUGACCGCAACGCAGGGAGAAAUGCUCGUUGUAAAGUGUGAUGUUGGGGGCACCAACAUCACCUGGACCCAUCACCACCCCUCAGAGAGCCAGCGGCCCCUGUUGCAGAGUCGUGAAGACCCGGACGAGGACGCCCUGGGGGACCCCAGCGGGCACUUGGUGGUGCUGAGUGCGUCCGUGGAGAGGCAGGGCAACUACUCCUGCUCCCCGUGGAAUUCCAACGCCACCUGUUGGUACACUUUGACUGUGAGCCCGACCAGACAGGAGGAGGUCCCUGUUAAAGACUGCGAAAAAGGGUUAUCCUGCAAACUGAAAAAUUUCUGCCCGAGGGAUUUGUUUAUCCCAUCACUUAAACUCCUCAAAAAAACAGUGUGGCAAAAGGACAACGAGGGGGACUCCUCUAACGGCUAUUUCGAAAAAGUGGCGGAGAAAGAUGAGGGCGUCUACACCUGCCGCCGGUCAUAUCAGUAUCGCGGACGAUUGUAUAACCUUACCAGCACCGUGAUGCUCAAGGUCAAAAAGCCAGCGGAUUCAAUCCCCCGCAUCUGGUCCCCCAAACCAGGGAUGGUGUACCCGGUACAGUUAGGUUCCCAGCUGGUGGUGCCCUGUGAGGUGGAGGUUUACAACGAGUUUGAUAGUUCGUACUGGUUAGACGGGAAAUCUUUUGUGAAGAACGACCAGAAUCAGUCAGUUUACUCUAACCAGACAGUAAAGAAGGGCGAGAAGGGAGAACGAAAGAUCACUACGUCUCUGUUCUUCCAGAAGGUUACAGCGGACCAACUUUCAAGGACUUACACCUGUAAGCUGGAGUCUACGCGAAAGCACUCCAACGUCUCCAUCACUCUGGCUCUGAAAGAUGUGCCGGUCUCCAGUCUCAGGGUGGCCCUCCUGGCUGUGCUCUUCGCCAUGCUAGCAGUGGUCUCCUCCGGCCUGGUCUUCUACUGGUGUCGAGUCCCCUUCACCCUCUUACUGAGGGACAAGCUCGACUGCCAUAGCAACGCCUCAGAUGGGAAGCUCUACGACGCGUACCUGAUGACCUAUCCGAGCCAAACGGAGACUGCCCUCAGCGAGGAGGACCGGAGGUGGAUGGAGAACGUUCUGGAAGAACAGCUGGGGUACCGCCUGUGUCUCCAGGAUCGGGAUGUGUCUCCAGGGGAAGCCGUGGCGGAUGCAGUGAUGCGGUGCAUCCUGCAGAGCCGUCGGGUGGUGCUACUGCCCAGCGCUGAGGACCAGCCCGCCCUGUGCUACGGCCUGCCCAGCGCCAUCCACUCUGCCCUGGUGGACAAGAAGAGCCGCCUGCUGCUCAUCCGGACCAAGACCCCCCGGAAGGUCUCGGUGGAGCAGCCAGAGGAGGGGGGCUCCAGAGCCUUACCCGAGUCCCUGAGACUGUUGACUAAGGCUGGGAGCUCCGUCACCUGGGGGGGACCCUGCUCUCGGCCUCUGUCCUCGUCCUUCUGGAAGAACCUACGAUACCACCUGCCCGCCCCGCGCAAGCUGAAGGCCAUGCAUAGCGCUCUUGACUCAGUGUGCUAACCCUGGUUAGCAUGGUUUGCAGACUCAGUGUUCUAACGCCAGUAAGCAUCUGGCUAACCCUGUUGAGUAUAGAACUGUAGCCUCAGUCUGCCACCCCUGGUUAGCAUAGUAUGCAGACUCAUGCCGUGUUCCAAUACCCGUACUAUCCGUACUUACUAGCCAAAUUUUUAGUACGUAGUACGUUCCAAUUCAGAUCCGGCGUGACCAUAGUUAAUCGCGUUUGUAAUCUACACUCCAUCAUGAACUCA